GGUGAUCGUGCCCCCCCAGCCGGCGGCGCGCGCCCCGGUGGCGGCGCAGGCGGGGCCGCUGCAGGCGGCGCCCCAGGCCGAGCGGCUCAUGAGCGCUCCGCCGUACAGAACGACGACGUACGCGGCGCCCUCGCACGCCCCGCCGGCCGCCCUGACGGAGGUGUUCCCGACUCAGGCGGCGCGGCUGCCGCCGCAGCAGUUGGGCGGAGCCAUCCCAGACACGAACACGACCGUGGCUCCGACGGGCUAUGCGCCGUACAUGUCCGUGCCCGGCAGCUUCACUGCCCCAGGUGUGAGCUACUCCCCGCCGCUCACCCUGCCGCCCACUGACAUGAACCAGCCGCGGGCGCCGCCCUACGCCGCGGCCUCCGCCACCAUGCCAGCGGCGGGGCAGGCAGCGGCCGACGUCCAGGGCGAGGCCCACACCGGCUUCUCCGCGCCCGCGACGGUCAUCCCAGCGCAGGCCGAGGUUCGCUCUAUUCCAGCCACCGCGCACGGUGCCGACUUGUUGAGCAACGCUCCGCGAGCAAUCUACGCCGCGCCACCCACGAGCUACGCCGGGUCGGCCGCUGCGACGACAACGACGGAGAGCUACCUGCCCCCGGGCACCAGCUACUCUCAGGUGCCGCCUACCUUCGUCGGCGGCCAGGCUGCCGACCUUGCAGGCUACGCCCCCCCUGCAACGAACUACCUGCCGGCAGCCGCGGGGCCCAGCGCGAGCUAUGCGCCGCCGGCCACCAGCUACGCCUGGGGAGCGCACAGCGAGGCCCGUGUUCCCUCCACGCAGUAUGCGGCCGUGGAGCCCGCAAGCCUGCCCGCGGGCGCCCCGGCGGAGCCCACCAUCGCCGACUACUCGGUGCCUCAGACGUGCUACAACGGAGCGGGGAGCUCCUAGAACCGCCAGCUGGGAGAAUCCGCAGGCCAGCCCGACACAUGGGGAACGAUAGAUCCACUGGGGUCGGCGGAUUGCCCUUCCAAUUCGUGCAGAUGCAACCCGUGCGCUCCGCGCACACCCUGGGCUAAUACUGAAAUUCGCGCGUGGCGCCAAGAUAGGGCAGUGCGUUGGCACUGCUUGCAAGUCUUGUCUAUCUUGUGUAUGCGUAGAUGCAUACGUAUGUUUUUCGUGCGUUGCGACACUGCGCCCAGUCGCACACCAGAGGCAUGCAAGUCAACGAGCAAAAUAGCUGUGGAUGGCCGUUGCGUAG